CGUAAGUACGUACGCCGACGUAAUAGGAAGUAAACCGAGGCGCGUCUUAACGUUCAACGAGUAAAUACCAAACGUGUCACGAUUCAUUAAAAUUGAUUGGUGCCGCGACAUGAACGUGACUGACCCGAGGAGAAGGGAGGUAUGCGUUUAACCAUGACGGCGAACUACCCCACGCCGCUGUACGAUCACGCCGGACGAGGAGACUUCAGCCAAGUUUACGAGCCGUCGGAGGAUUCCUUCCUGCUCAUUGAUGCGCUGGAAAAGGAUGCUCGCAAGCUCCAAAACAUGAGCAGGCCGUGUGUGUGCGUGGAGGUCGGUAGCGGCUCCGGAGUGGUGUCCGCAUUCCUCGCGUCCCUGCUGGGACCCUCUGCGAUUUACUUUUGUACAGACGUGAAUCGUGCCGCCGCGCUGUGCACUGCCAGGACGGCAUCACGCAACACUGUGUCGCUGGAGCCCAUCAUCACAGACCUGGUGGAAAGUCUCCUGCUCCGGUUAAGUGGACAAGUGGAUGUGCUCCUGUUUAACCCUCCAUAUGUGGUCACACCAUCCAGCGAGGUGGGCAGCAAAGGCAUCGAAGCUGCUUGGGCCGGUGGGAGUCGAGGCCGUGAGGUCACCGACAGAUUUCUACCAAUCGUAUCCCAGUUGCUGUCCAGUCGAGGGCUGUUCUACUUGGUCACCAUAGCAGAGAAUGAUCCAGAGGAGAUCAUCCAGACACUGAGUGGAUACGGCCUGCAGGGAAAGCCACACCUGUCGACCAGAGCUGGAAACGAGAGGCUCACAGUCCUGUGCUUCCAUUGGUGCAAACAUGCAUGAAAUUAGUCAAUGUCAUUGUCAAGUGUCCUGAUCAGAAUCACAGUCAUCAUGAAAAUGUAACAGAAUCAUGACACUCUGAGGUCUCAAGAGUGGCCAAACAUUGGCACAUUACCAGUAAAAUGAGACAUCUUAUUUUCUUCA